UGUGCCCAGCUAUCACAGUGACCACAGCCUGGACCCGAUCGCAGCCUCGACCCGAUCUCAGCCUGGACCCGAUCACAGCCUGGACCUGAUCACAGCCUGGACCUGAUCUCAGCCUUGACCCGAUCACAGCCUCGACCCGAUCGCAGCCUCGCCCAGAUCACAGCCUCGAUCCCAUCUCAGCCUCGACCCGAUCGCAGCCUCGACCCGAUCUCAGCCUCGAUCCCAUCUCAGCCUCGACCCGAUCUCAGCCUCGACCCGAUCGCAGCCUCGAUCCCAUCUCAGCCUCGACCCGAUCUCAGCCUCGACCCGAUCUCAGCCUCGAUCCCAUCUCAGCCUCGACCCAAUCUCAGCCUGGACCCGAUCUCAGCCUGGACCCAAUCGCAGCCUGGACCCGAUCUCAGCCUCGACCUGAUCACAGCCUCGACCCGAUCGCAGCCUCGCCCAGAUCGCAGCCUCGACCUGAUUGCAGCCUGGACCCGAUCGCAGCCUGGACCCGAUCGCAGCCUGGACCUGAUCGCAGCCUCAACCCCAUCUCAGCCUCGACCCGAUCUCAACCUCAAUCCGAUCGCAGCCUUAACCUGAUCUCAGCCUCGACCCCAUCUCAGCCUCGACCCGAUCACAGCCUUAACCUGAUCUCAGCCUGGACCUGAUCGCAGCCUCGACCCGAUCUCAGCCUCGACCUGAUCUCAGCCUCGACCCGAUCUCAGCCUGGACUGUCAGUAGAAAAUGUCCCGACCAGCUGGGGACAGACAGAUGUCUGUGCGUGACAGGAUGGGCCUGUUCCAGACACAGACUGCAGGGGCAGGAGGAGGAGGAGGAGGAAGAGGGGCAAAAACGCCUGUGAAAGUCCCUCCCUCCCCCACAAACAGAGCCUCCACGGCUGAUAGUGCCAAAGGCUUUAGCCACGCCCCUGGGUCCCGCCCUUACCACCUCCCCUCCCACUGCGACGCCCUCUUCGGCUCACUGUGCGCCCUGCGGGAGGCCGGCCUGCUGCUGGACUGCAGCCUGCUGCUCCACAGCACCACCUUCAGGGUGCACCGCCUCCUGCUGGCAGCCCUCAGCGGCUGCGCCCAGGCCUGGCUGCUGUCUGCGGGAGAGCGGCUGCGGGUGGCUCAGCCCGUCAGCGCGGCCGGCCUGCAGGCCGUCGUAGACUUUGCCUACAGCGGGCAGGUGGGCGCGGCCACGGAGGAGGUGCAGGAGGCCUGCAGGGGGCUGGGGGCGGAGCGACUGGCACAGCUGUACACCGGGGGGGCGGGGACAAGCCAGACCAUACCUGAUGCAGCCAAUGAGAGAGAGCGCAGUCUUCAGGUCAUAAAAGACCUCUGGGAGAGAGGGAUCGCCUGUGACUUAGUGCUGAAGACGGAGAGAGAAGAGAGUUUUCCAGUUCAUCGGGUGGUGCUGGCAGCAGGUGGGGCGUACUUCCGGGCAUUGCUGUGUGGUGGGAUGCGUGAGUCGGGUGAGGGGGUGGUGAUGCUGCGGGGGGUGUGCGGGUGGGUGCUACAGAUGCUGCUGGCCUUUCUGUACUCCGGUACUCUGUGGCUGAGUGAGGACACUGUGUGGGAGCUGACAGAGGCAGCGCUGCAGUACCAGCUGCAGGGGGCGCUGUCACUCUGCCAGGACUUCCUGCGGGCCCACAUGGACGUGCAGUCAUGCCUGGAUGUGCUGGCCCUGGCUGAGGCCUACGGGCUGCAGCAGCUGGGCCAGCAGGCGGAGCAGUUUAUUCUCAGAAACUUCCAGAGGGUUUCUGCCGGGGACAAAUUCCGGGACCUCCCUGCUGACACCCUGGAGCACCUGCUGCAGAAUGACACCCUGUCUGUGGACAGCGAGGUGGCUGUGUUCAGGGCGGUGCUGUGUUGGGUGCAGGAGGAUCGCCCGGCGCGGCUGCAGUACCUGCCCCGGCUCCUGCAGGAGGUGCGCUUCCCGCUGAUGUGCGGGGCGGAGCUGCAGGAGGUGCAGGGCUGCCGGCUGAUGACUGAGGAGGCGCUGGAGGCCGUGAGGCUCCUCCUCCACUCCGCCUGCAAGCCUCGCACCCCCAACCAGGUGCUGGUCCUGGUUGGGGGGGACUGCGUGGAUGACGACUUGGCCAGACGCUCGCCGAGCUGCAGCCUGUGGUUUGCGCGGCGCUUCCUGCGGGGGGAGGGUCUGAUCAGAGAGGUGGAGUGGAGGCCGCUGCCCCCGCUGCCCCCCCCACCCCGACUCCGCCACUGCGUCUGCGUGCUGCACAACCGCCUCUACGUCCUCGGAGGCCGCAAGUACUACGGUGCCCGCGACAUCCUCCAGUCUGCCCUCAGGUUUGACCCGGCACAGGAGAAGUGGGAGAGGCUGGCAGACAUGCUCAGUGCUCGGGAUUACUUUGCAGCAGUGUGUCUCAGGGGGAAGGUGUACGCUCUGGGUGGAAACCGUGACGACAGCCACUACCUCGACUCUGUGGAGGUCUAUACCCCAGAGGACAACACCUGGAGGUGCGUGCACCCGCUGGCCACGCCGGUGUGCGGGCAUGCUGCGGCCGUGCUGAAUGGGUGCAUCUACAUUUCGGGGGGGUGUGAUUCGGGGCUGCGUUGCCUGCCCUCUCUGUGGCGGUACAAUCCGGAGCAGGGCUGCACGGACCUGGCCCCCAUGAGGGCGGGGCCAGGCCGGGCGGGGCACGCCAUGCAGGCCGUGGGGGGGCUGCUGUGUGUGGCGGGGGGGGUUCAGCCGGUGUGGGGGGGGUUCAGAGACCAACUCCAGUGUGAGGCCUACGACCCUGCCCUGGACGCGUGGACACCCCUCCCCUGCCUGCCCCGCCCACACCUGUCCCCCGCCUCCGCUCUGCUGGGGGAGGAGCUGUAUCUGCUGGGCGGGUCCUCCGCUGACUCCGCCCGCGACACGCCCUGGGUGCACCGCUACAACUCCCGCACCUGCCGCUGGGACAGGCUGGGUGCCAUGCCACGCCCGUACUCAGACCUGGCAGCCUGCACCCUGCAGCUACCCGGCGGCUGCUUCUCCCAGUAG